AUGAACCAAAAGAUCUCGGACCGGCUCAUGGAAUCGUGUCCUGGCACCCUGCUGCACGCAGUUCCCAACGGAAGUUACGACCCUGGCACGGAAGUUAUUGUCAGCUUCCCAGGCGUACAUACUUUUGCAUGGAACCUUUUGCAUCGUUCGAAGCUGGUAAAGGGUAUCUCGGCCACUUGCACAUUUAUUUCCGACGAAACGCAUCCCGGCUACGGAAAGCAUGACAAGUAUGAAGGAGGGUGUCACUGUGACCACAUCUAUGGUAAGAGAGAUGAGUUUGGCUGCAGCUGGUACACCAUUUGGAUGGAGAAAACACGUCAGGCCGCCCAGAAUUCAUGCAAGCUCAUCGUGGUGACGACAAGGGAUGGCAGCUUGCCGGGCAAGGGACAAAAUGCAGAAAUUCGCUUCUUGGAACGUGAGGGACUGCGCUACAGUUUGAUGAACAUCGAAGAUUUCGCCUCGAAGCUUAUUGAGGUCUUGCUUGGACACGAAGAAACCAGGAAAAUCCUGGAGGUAAAUCCUGAAAAGUCCCACCGGAUUUCAUUUUAUGGUUCCUCUGAUGAAGCUUUCAGCGAAGGUCGUGUGGCGAUUGUCAGUUUCCCUGGCGUACAUGGCUAUGGGUGGAACAAACUCACAGAGGUGUCGAGGGCACAGGAAGUGAGUCUUGCUACAAGUUGUGUGUUUCUGCCGGAUGAGAAGAAUCCUGAUUAUGGCAUUCAUGACCAAGAUGAACCUGGACCUUGUCACUGCUAUCACCUAUAUGGUGAGGCAAAGGCCUGGGGCUGUCGCUGGUACACCAUUUGGAUGAAACAGACUUGCAAGGCAUCACUCGCAGGAUGCAAGCUGGUGGUGGUGACGAAAGAUGAUGGUAGCUUGGGUCAUUCGCAGGAAGGGGAAGUGCGUUUUCUGAAGAGCAAAGCCUUUCCGCACGAGCGCGUGAGCACCGCAGAAUUUGCGUUGAUGCUCUUGGAAUGCCAAUGCUGAGACCACUUUGAUACCACUUUGGGUGGUGAAUAUUUUGAAUGCGAAAUUUAAGCCAUCUGGCAGACCAUGAGUUGGCGAUUCUGUCCUCGCUUCUUUUUUUUUUGCCCACGUGAGUUGACCCAACUGGCUCUCGAAGGGAGUGCAGAGUGAUGUUUGUGUUUGUUUCACAGACACGCUGAUAGGCAG